AUGCGUCACACCCCGCCCACUCUCCAGGUUGAUGAGUUCACGCCCUCGUACUGGUGCAGCAGCCCUCGUGUGGCCUUUCUGAAGGAGAAGGAGGAUGACGAGGAAGCCGAGAAGGCGACGAAGGGGGAAUUUAUCGAAGAGGAGCCAGCUGGACUGGUCUCGGGGGUCAAGAUCAAACAUUUGGCGAAGGUUUUCAAAGUGGGCAAUAAGACCAAGGAGGCGGUGAGAGAUUUAACGCUCAACAUGUUCGAAGGCCAGAUCACUGUCCUGCUGGGUCACAACGGAGCGGGCAAGACGACCACACUAUCAAUGCUGACAGGCCUUUUCCCACCCAGCAGCGGCCGUGCGUACAUUAACGGUUAUGACAUAUGUCAGGAUAUGGCUCUGAUCCGCCGCAGCCUGGGUCUUUGUCCGCAGCACGACGUGCUCUUCGACAACCUCACCGUCCGAGAACACCUGCUCUUCUACACACAGCUGAAGGGUUACCCUCGCGAAAAGAUCCCCGAUGAGGUCGACCGCAUCCUUCGGAUCCUUAAUUUGGAGAAUAAGCGUAAUGCGCCAUCCAAGACCCUCUCUGGUGGGAUGAAGAGGAAGCUUUCCAUCGGCAUUGCUUUAAUCGGAGACUCAAAGGUGGUGAUGUUGGACGAACCCACCUCAGGGAUGGACCCAUCAGCCCGACGGGCCACCAGGGACCUGCUGCAGGGCGAGAAACGGGGACGUACCAUCCUGCUCACCACACACUUCAUGGACGAGGCCGAUCUGCUGGGAGAUCGCAUCGCCAUCAUGGCUAGCGGGGAGCUCCAGUGCUGUGGCUCGCCGCUCUUCCUCAAGAACAAAUACGGUGCUGGCUACCACAUGGUCAUCGUAAAAGACGCAUUUUGUAACGUGUCUGAGAUCACCCGUCUAGUCCACAUGUAUGUGCCUGAUGCCACUCUAGAGAGCAGUGCAGGCGCUGAACUCUCCUACAUACUGCCCAAAGAGAGCACCAGCCGGUUUGAGCUGCUGUUUGCUGAGCUGGAGAUGAACCGAGACGAGCUGGGCAUCGCCAGCUACGGGGCGUCCGUCACCACCAUGGAGGAGGUUUUCCUCAGGGUCGGGAAGCUCGUGGACUCCAGUCUGGAUAUUCAGGCCAUCCAGCUCCCUGCUCUGCAGUACCAGCACGAGCGGAGGUCACAUGACUGGACCAUGGACGACUCCAGCAGCAUCAGCGGCAUGACUGACGUGACGGAUUUCACUGACAGCGGCACUAUGAUCUCAGAGGACUGCUCCAACAUCAAACUCAACACCGGGGCCAGACUCUAUAUGCAGCAGUUCUACGCUAUGUUCCUGAAGAGGGCGCUCUACAGCUGGCGCAACUGGAAAGUGAUGGUGGCUCAGUUCCUGGUGCCGCUUAUCUUCACAGUGGUGGCUCUAGUGGUGGCCUGUACCGCCCCCAGGAGCCAUAACUCGCCCCAGCUCCGCCUGGCACUAAAGCAAUACGGCCCUACCCGCGUGCCCGUGGCCUUAGAUGCCCACGCCGUGCCGUUGGCUGCAGCUCUGGCUGAGCUCUACGCCACACAGCUGCCUUCCCAGAGUGCCACGGCUGACACUAAUAUAACAGAUUUCUCAGAGUACGUGCUAAAUAACGCCAUGCAGGAGGGCGGAGCUUUCAACGAGCACUGUGUGGUGGGCGCCGCUUUCAGAAACAGACCCAGGAAGUACACUAAGGUCAUCGGCUACUUCAACAACCAGGGCUACCACACCUCUGCUACGGCGCUCAUGCUGGUUGACAACGCUCUCUACAAGCUACUAGCGGGACCCAGCGCCUCCAUCCGCACUGGAAACUACCCCAUGCCCCGCAACAUGUCCGAGUCGGCGCAGAGCCAGCUGUCUGAGGGUCAGACAGGCUUCGCCAUCGCCAUAAACCUCAUGUACGGCAUGGCGUCUUUAGCCAGCACCUUCGCCCUGCUCCUCGUCUCCGAGCGGUCGGUGAAGUCCAAGCACUUGCAGCAGGUCAGCGGGGUCUACCUCUCCAACUUCUGGUUCUCUGCCCUGCUGUGGGACCUCGUCAACUUCCUGUUGCCCUGCCUGCUCAUGCUGGUGGUUUUCCGAGUGUUUUCAGUAAAAGCGUUCGUGUCUGAAAACCACCUGGUGGAUAUUCUACUGAUGCUGCUUCUGUACGGCUGGGCGGUGAUCCCCCUCAUGUACCUGCUCAGCUUCCUGUUCUCCACGCCAGCCACAGCCUACACGUGCCUCACCAUCUUCAACAUCAUCAGCGGCACCGCAACCUUCCUCGCGGUCACCAUCAUGACCAUCCCUGAUCUGAAUCUGCUAGACCUCUCCUAUAUCCUGGAUAAAGUCUUCCUGAUCUUCCCGAAUUACUGUCUGGGCAUGUCCUUCAGCGAGUUCUACCAGAACUAUGAGAAAAUCACCUUCUGCUCCUCCAGCUUCAUUGCCAGCAUAAUCUGCAAGCAGUACAACAUCACGUAUCAAAUGAACUACUUUUCCAUGGACCAGCCCGGAGUGGGCCGCUUCCUGGUGGCCAUGUCCCUGCAGGGUGUCGUCUUCAUCGGCCUGGUCUUCAUCAUCGAGCUCCGGUGCAUCCGCACGCUACUCAACCUCUGCAGGAGACGCAAGAAGGCACUGUUGUUGGCAGAAGAAGCUCUUCAACCUGAGGAUAGAGAUGUUGCCGAGGAGAGGAAGAGAGUUUUGGAUUGCCAGCCAGUGGUUGAGUCCAUGGUGGGCAGCCCGCUCAUUCUACAGGAGAUCAGCAAGGUAUACUCAGGUGGGCAGACGCUGUUAGCGGUGGACCGUCUGUCCCUGGCCGUUGGGAAGGGUGAGUGCUUUGGUUUGCUGGGAUUUAAUGGAGCGGGGAAGACUACGACAUUCAAAAUGCUGACGGGAGAUGAAAGCGUAACUUCAGGGGAUGCCUUUAUUGACGGCUACAGCAUCCUCCGAGAUGUGAAAAAGGUGCAACAGAGAAUCGGCUACUGUCCCCAGUUUGACGCGGUGCUGGAUCACAUGACUGGGCGGGAAACCCUGAGCAUGUAUGCCAGACUGAGGGGCAUCCCAGAGAAGUAUAUCACCGGCUGUGUAGAGAACGUCCUGCGCUCGCUGCUGCUCGAACCUCACGCUGACAAACUCGUCCGCAGCUACAGUGGCGGCAACAAGAGGAAGUUGAGUGCGGGCAUGGCUCUGAUCGGUGGGCCACCCGUCAUCUUUCUGGACGAGCCCUCCACUGGCAUGGACCCCGUGGCCAGGCGGCUGCUUUGGGACGCGAUCACGCGAACCAGAGAGUCAGGCAAAGCCAUCAUUAUAACAUCACACAGUAUGGAGGAGUGCGAGGCGCUGUGCACUCGGCUGGCUGUCAUGGUGAACGGCCAGUUCAAAUGUCUGGGCAGCCCACAGCACCUGAAGAGCAAGUUCGGGAGCGGUUACACGCUGCUGGCCAAAGUCCGUGUGGAGACGGAGUUAGAGGAGAUGGACCUUCAGCUCUUCAAAGAAUUCAUUGAAAGCACCUUUCCAGGAAGUUCACUGAAGGAUGAACACCAGGGGAUGGUCCACUAUCACCUGACUGACAAAACCCUUACCUGGGCACAGGUGUUCGGGGUGCUAGAAACAGCCAAAGAGAAGUACAGCAUCGAGGACUACUGCGUCAGCCAGAUCUCACUGGAACAGGUGUUUCUCGGCUUCGCCCAGUUCCAGCUCUGCGCCGCUGAGGCCUGCGGGAAAUGACACGCUCCUCGAGGCGAUCUUCACCUGCUGAGUUAAGAGGUUCAUCCUGGGCCGACCGACUCUCCAUCAGACAAUGGACAUUGCUCAGGUGUCUCUCUUCACACACUUCUGACAUGAUCAUGCAUAACACUUCCAGACUCGAGCACAGAGGCAGGACCACUAACUGAAGAUCUCGGCCAGUAGAAACCAUAUUCGGUGUUUAUUUCUGACCUGUCUGUGCGUUCGCGGGCGCUUCGAGUUUCAACGGGGAGUUCGUCACACCCUGAAACACUCUGGGUCUUGCCUGAAAGGAAGUGCUGUUUGUUCAUCAUUGUGUGCGGUUACUUUGUUAUUUAUGAAUGAUUUUGUUUUUUGUUUCUCUUCAUCCGUUUUCCACUGUGGUCCCCCCCCCCCCCCCUUCAAUUUCUGCUAAAAUAUGCAAAAAUGGGCGAAAAUAUAUUGAAAUAUGCGAUGUCCAAAACAAAAGUCUAAGCAAAAAAAAAAAAAAAAAA